AUGUUCACCUUUACUCCCUUGCUUGGGGCGCAAUCAUCCGGCUCCAAGGCUUCUCAGUCCAUCCUCGAACUCGACGGCGGUGUUAAGAUAUUAGUGGACGUCGGAUGGGAUGAGUCGUUUGAUACGUCUGCUCUCAAGGAGCUAGAGAGGCAUAUUCCUACCCUCUCCCUUAUUUUAUUAACCCAUGCAACUCCAUCUCACCUCGGGGCCUUUGUGCACUGUUGUCGGACAUACCCUCUCUUCACACAGAUACCUAUUUAUGCUACUAUACCGGUUAUAGCUUUCGGCAGGACCUACCUUCAAAAUCUCUACGCCUCAGCCCCGUUGGCUGCGACUUUCUUACCGAGCACGUCCGUCACAGCCUCCGAUCCCAGCUCUGGUCUGACGAUACAAUCCGCAACUACUGCUUCAGAGGGUCCAUCAGGGUACGAGAACACCGGGUCAGGGCGCAUACUUUUACCACCUCCCUCUAACGAAGAUAUUGCGCGUUAUUUCUCCCUUAUACAUCCGCUAAAAUACUCACAACCUCUUCAACCAUUGCCAUCACCGUUUUCUCCGCCCUUGAAUGGCCUUACUAUCACUGCAUAUAAUGCCGGUCACACUGUGGGUGGAACAAUAUGGCACAUCCAGCAUGGUAUGGAAUCAAUCGUCUACGCCGUUGACUGGAGCCAAGCAAGAGAAAAUGUCAUUGCCGGUGCAGCGUGGUUUGGAAGCUCCAUCGGGAGCGGGACAGAGGUUAUUGAACAGCUCCGAAAACCUACUGCGCUUAUCUGUAGCGCAAGCGGAGGAGACAAAUUCGCUCUUCCUGGUGGGAGGAAGAAGCGGGAUGGGCUGCUUCUAGACAUGAUUAGGAGUAGUGUUGCAAAAGGAGGCACUGUCCUUUUGCCUACCGACAGCAGCGCGAGAGUUCUAGAAAUUGCGUAUGUUCUAGAACAUGCCUGGCGAGAGGCAGCUGAUUCUGGGGAUCCAAACGACCCUCUUAAGAACGCGCCUUUAUACCUAGCUGGUAAAAAGGCGCACGGCACUAUGAGAUUGGCGCGAAGUAUGCUUGAAUGGAUGGAUGAGAACAUCGUUCGUGAGUUUGAGGGCAACGACGGUGUUGAAGUUACUGCUGGCAAAGCUGCUGGCGGAGCUGCCAACCAAUCCUCCAAAGGUGCGCAAAGCCAGAAAUCUGCCACAGGCCAGAAGAGCCUUGGCCCUUUCACCUUCAAACACUUGAAUCUUGUGGAGCAUAAAGCCAAGCUGGAUGGCAUUCUCGAGUCUAAAGGGCCAAAAGUCAUCCUUUCGCCAGAUACCUCUCUCGAAUGGGGCCUUUCCAAGCACAUCCUUAAACAUAUUGCAGAAGGAAGUGAGAAUUUGAUAAUCAUGACUGAGCCAUUAAAUUACCUUGGUGAGGAACAACGGGAUACAAAUACGGGCUAUGAAAAUAUUCUAGGCUCUAAGAUUUGGCGACUCUAUGAGGAAAGAAAAGACGGUGUUGCUCUCGAAAAAUCUACCAACGGAGAGAUGCUUGAACAGGUUCAUAGUGGAGGAAAGGAGUUUACUAUCACGGACGUGCAGAGAUCUUCUCUGGACUCUGACGAACUACUCAUUUAUCAGCAAUAUCUGGCAACUCAGAAUCAGCUACAAAACACUGCUCAAGUAAGGGGUAAUGCCAGCCUUAAUAAUGCAGCUGAUGCCAUGGACGAUGCAUCCAGCUCUUCCGAAUCCGAAGAUUCUGAAUCUGAGCAACAGGGGAAAGUGCUUAACUUUUCUGUCUCCCUACCACACUCCAACAAACGCAAGAUGGGGCUUAGUGAUGCAGAUCUGGGUGUGAAUAUUCUCCUACGCAAAAGAGGAGUGCAUGAUUACGACGUCCGUGGGAAGAAGGGCCGAGAAAGGAUGUUUCCCUAUGUGGCAACGAAGAAGAGAGGCGAUCAAUACGGGGAAUUCAUCCGACCUGAAGAAUAUCUAAGAGCAGAAGAGAGGGAGGAGGCUCAGCUUCAGGACCAACGUGCGCCAUCAUCCGGAAACGCCCCAACAACCCCUGGCCAGAAGCGUCGCUGGGACAAGACUGGCUCUGGUGCUACCAAUGGUCCGAACAAGCGACGCCAGACAUCGCAGCCUUCAGACAAUAUGUACAUGCCCAACGACGGGCCAUCUCCACCAAACGGCCUGGCUAGCAGCGACGUUGAGAAUGCUGAGGCCUCGGAGGAAGAUACCGAAAGCCAGUCUGUUAUUGAGGGGCCAUCAAAAGCCACCAUCGUACACUCUUCCAUCUCAUUGAAUGCACGACUGGCAUUUGUGGAUUUCGCCGGUUUGCAUGAUAAACGGAGCUUGGAGAUGCUCAUCCCCCUUAUCCAGCCCCGCAAUUUGAUCUUGAUAGGAGGCACAAAGGACGAGACUAUGGCACUUGCCGCGGAAUGCAGGAGCUUGCUGGCCGCGAAUCGAGGAGCUGGUACUACGUCAACAACAAAGCUUGGUGUUGAUGUAUUUACUCCCUUGGUUGGGGACACGGUUGAUGCCAGCGUUGAUACGAACGCUUGGAUAGUCAGACUAAGCCGCCCGUUGGUGCGACGUUUGAAAUGGCAGACCGUCAGCAACCUAGGCGUCGUUGCUCUCAUGGGAAACCUGCAGUCUUCGCAAGCCAUAUUGUUACAAGAGGAAAUUUUAGAGCAGGCCAAGAGCAAGGGCAAAGGGGAGGCAUGGAAGGCAACUGGCCCUGUGGAGAGUCAGGCCAACCAGUCUCUUAUCAAAAAUGAGAAGAUCCCAGUCCUUGAUAUCCUACCUGCGAGCCUUGUUGCCGCAACGAGGUCUGUCACAAAGCCGUUGCAUGUUGGCGACCUCCGCCUCUCUGAUCUUCGCAAGCUUAUGCAGUCUUCUGGUCAUUCGGCAGAGUUCAGAGGUGAAGGAACCCUUCUUGUCGAUGGUUUUGUUGCUGUGAGAAAGGCCGGUGCAGGUAAGAUAGAGGUUGAAGGCGCCGCUCGGCCAUCACCGAACUAUGCAACGACUUUGAAACAGAACACCGGAACAUUCCUUGCCGUAAAACAGAAGAUAUAUGAGAGCCUCGCUGUUGUCUCUGGACAUAGCGGAUGA